CAACAGCCAACCCACCGUCUACAGAAUGAAUCAACAGCGACCAAUUAUCGAUCUCCUGGUGGCCAUGAUAGCCGUACCCAUACUAAUAUUGUGUGCCCUGCAAUUGGAAAAGAAUCUGCACGAUAUGGCCAAUAGUCCGGAGAGUAGGUGGCUUGUCUUUGCCCUGGGUAUUGGUAUGCUGAUUGUUAGUGUAAUCAUUUGUGGCUAUGUUACACAUCGAAUGGGUGUGUGUAUAUGGGCGGGACCCAUUGAUGAGGCGGGUAAUCGUGUGGGUAGCAGCAGCAGUGGUGGACUUAGUGGUGUAACACAUAUCAAUUCCCAAAAUGAUAUUCUGCGAAUUGUUGAUUCACUGCCACCCAGCUAUGAUAGUGUGGUUAAAUUUGAUAUUCCACCACCGCCCUAUGAUUGUCUCGUCAUUGAUAUGGAACAGUGUAAGGAUGAACAGGAGACACAGGAUAAACCAAAUACAACAAUGUCAAUAACCAUAACAUCAUCGUCAACGACAACGACAGCAUCCAACCACACAGCAAUUAGCCCAACACCCAGCGAUACGUCAACAGCAAUCCACAUGUAA